ACAGUGUACAACAUUCACAUAAUGAAAAAAAAAAUGGUUUGUAUGAUUUCUGAAAAUUUAAUAAGUUGGCAACAAAUUCGUCGCCAAAACUGACGAAAACAAUCGGUGAUUACCGGUGUUUGAUAACAUGCGUGUCAAAAAUAGGUAAACAAAAAUUAAUCACUCGACUAAAAUAUAAUCUGAAACGUACAAUAUCUUUAUAGUUUAUACCUAUUCGUUUUUAAAUUUUUUAAUAUUUAAAUUUUAUAAUUUAUUUAUAAAGAUAUAAUUAUAUUUAAUUGAAUAAUGCAUUGCCACUCAUCACUUAAUUAUAAUUGUACGUUUUAGAACAUUUAACAGAAAAAAAUUAAUUUGAAGUACAAAUUUCACCAAUGCAGUGUUAAGGUUAAAAUACAUUUAAACAUUUGUAAGUACAGAUGUUCUUAUUUAAUAUUAUUUUAUUCUGAAUAUUUUUAUUAUUCAGAAUAUUUACAGGAUGAUUUUUUUAACAUGAACCAGCAAUUUUCUUGGAGUGAAUUUGAUUUCUAUUUUUUUUUUAUCAUUAUGGAAUCAGUUAAGCUUUUAUUUACAACCAUUUUUAAAUUUUUUUAUAACUACAUGUACCUGAAAUAAGUAUAAAUUUUUGUUUUUCAAAUUGGAAUCCCUUUUUUGGACACAGAUUUGAAUAGAGAAUAUUUUUUUGGAAAUUUUGAUAUGCAUAACACUAAUAUCAGAUUUACCAUUUACGAGUUAUAACCGUUUUAAGUUUAGACUGGAAAAAUAGGGUAAAGUUCAACUAGGCAUUUUAUUAUCCAUCCCUACUCCUUCAAUCUAAACUUUAAACGAUUAUAACUCAUAAAUAGUAAAUCUGAUAUUAGUGUUAUGCAUAUCAAAAUGUCUAGAAAAAUAUUCUCUAUUCAAAUCUGUGUUAAAAAAGGGGGGUUUCUAUUUGAAAAAUCAAAUUAUAUACUUAUUUCAGAUAUAUGGAGUAGUAGUAAAAAAUUAAAAAUGGUUGAAAAAAAAAACAGAAAUCAAAUUCACUUAAAAUCUUCUGGUUAAAAAUUGAUGGUUCAUGAUAAAAAAAUCACCCUGUAUUAUAUUUUUUUAUUCAAAUUAAUAUUAGUAUUAAUAUUGAGUUAAAUAUUGACCUUAAACUAAUUAUUAGGUAUGUAUACAAAUAUUUAAUUGAUUAAUAAGGUACUUACGUAAUAUAUAAUAUGUUCAAACAUAUAAUUUAAUGUUUGUUUCACAUUUAUUUUAUAUAUAUUUUUAAUUACCUAUCGUACAAUAACAAAAUGUAUUAAACACCUAUAUUAAUUUAGGUAGAUUAGGUACUUGAAAAACUUAAUUUGUAUGCCUAUAUUUUUUUUUCAGAAUUCAUCAUGAAAAUACCAUCAUUUGCAACUAUUGUCUCUGUAUUAUUUAUAUCAUACUUGGGUAAUCUAUUUUAUUCAAUAUGGGUUAUGGUGCAACCACCAACAUGUACUAGUGAAGGUUUAUGUUUGAAAUCAUUUUUAUUACGAAAACCAAAUUUAGAAGUUUGUAUUUUUAUUUAUAUCUUAUUAAAAUUUUCAAUUUUAUAUUUAUCAAAUACUAUUUCAGUUGAAUGUAUUUGUUUCUUCACAUUCAAAUCCUUUAGGAUCAGAAGUUAUAUUUGUAAAAAACUUUCUGUUACCAAACUAUAAUGUUUCUUAUGAAAGGUAAAAUAUAAGUAAAUUUUCUAGUUUAAAACAUGUGAAUAAUAUAUAUUAUAAUAUAAUAAUAAUAUUUUUUUUAUUAUAGAAUGAUGACUGUUGAACUACCAAGACUGACCAAACGAAAUGGAACAUUGUAUGCACAUGUAUUUUUAAGUAAAGCUCAAGAAGCUCUUCAUUCCGAGAAUAAAUGGACCAAAUUAUUAACUGAUCCCGAAACUGUGUACACCUUUGUACCAAUGUCUAUUUAUAAAGAACCAGAAUAUAAAGUCUUUCAAUUGCUGAAAGAUGGAGAAAAAGUAAAACAAAAUAUUGAAAAACCUGUGACCCAUAUUAAGGCUGUAUUACCAGUUAGUAUGUUGACAGAACCAUUAUAUGUAUCUCAGAUACACAUGCCUAGUGAUAUUUAUCAAUAUAUAAGGUAAAAGUAAUGCAAAAUUAAUUUAAUAAGAAUAAAGUGAAAUUUGAAUUCUGCAUUAUCUAACUGUAUGCAUUUUUUUAAAAUACUAUUUCAGACUAUAUAAACAAAAUCAAGAAUACUUGCCUAUUUUUCUACAUAACUCUCUUCAAGAUAGAUCCUAUAAUGUUACAAGAAUUAACAAAAACACCUCACAUGUAUCUAUUUUAUUGCGCUAUGAACCUUUAAGUUACACAGGAUUAAGGUAAAUCAAAUGUAUGAAGUCUUAUAUUAUUAACUGUAAUAUUUUUAUUAUUAUUGCCUUAUUUGUUAGUUCUCAUUUUGAAAUAUAACAUUUUAAUAUAAUGACAUACUGGUAUGAAACGGCCUGUCAACUUCUCUUCAAUCUCUUCUCCUUUACCAUCAUCCCCAGCUAUUUGGGAUCGGCCACCCUUGUCCUAAACUUCCAAUUGGUCCAGUUUCCCACCUCACAACACUGGCUGUUCUUGAGUAACCUAAUAUUAAGUCCUGUCAACAUAAAUACAUUUAUUACAAAUUUAGGAUUGUUAAUUGUAUUGUCAUUUCAUUUUCUUACACAAAUAAUAUCAUAAUUGAAUGUGAUUUUAAUAGUUAAUUAUAAUAAUAAAUAAUUUAUCAUUUAGAAUUUUAACACAAACUCAAUUGGCUAUGGUUACAAUGCAACAAUUUGGAUUCAAAAAUAAAGAUAUUGAUGAAAUUAAAGCAAUCUUUGAUACCAAUCAUUAUGUAUUAUUAAUUUCAAUUAUUGUUGCAUUUGUUCAUGUAAGAUACAAAUUUAAUAUUAUACUACAAUACAAAUGUUUAAAAUGCAUAUUACCUAUAUUAUUUUCUAUGAAAUAAAACAUAUUUGAUUAUUUGUUAAAGAUAUUAUUUGAUUUCCUGGCUUUUAAAAACGACAUAUCAUUUUGGCGAUCAAGGACAACUAUGGCUGGUUUGUCGUCACGUCUUGUCAUUUGGCGGGCGUUUAGUCAAACUGUUGUAUUAUUAUAUUUAUUAGAGGAAAAAGCUUCAAUGUUAAUUAUUGUACCAAGUAUUAUAAGCUCUAUCAUAGAGGUAAGCUUUUAUAAAUAAGAAUAAAAUAUUUACAUUUUAUCAAAUAUUAUUAAAUAUUUAGAUUUGGAAAGUAUUUAAAAUCAUACCAGUUGAUUGGAAACAGUUUAAGCUUAAAAAAUUAAAUUUAAACCGUAUUGAAGAAGAUACUAAAAAGUUUGAUGCUGAAUCUAUGAAAUAUUUAUCAUACGUCUUAUAUCCUUUAUGCAUUAUUUCUGCCAUCUAUUCACUCAUCUAUGAGCCGCAAAAGAGGUUUGAAUUUAUUUUAAAUAAAAUCAUUAUUUUUUAUAAUAAUAUAUUUUUAAAAUAUAAUUUAUUCAGCUGGUAUUCUUGGAGUAUUAAAAGUCUUGUCAAUGGAGUUUAUGCAUUUGGUUUUUUGUUCAUGUUGCCUCAACUUUUUAUCAACUAUAGACUUAAAUCAGUUGCACAUCUUCCAUGGAAAACAUUUAUGUACAAAGUGAGUUUUCAGACACUUCUAUACCACAAUUUAUUCAAACUAAUUAUGUUAUAUAGGCAUUUAACACUUUCAUUGAUGACCUGUUUGCAUUUAUCAUUCCAAUGCCAACUGCCCAUCGAUUAGCCUGUUUUAGAGAUGAUAUAGUUUUCAUAAUUUAUAUAUAUCAACGAUGGUAAAUAUCAUAAAAAUCAUAGAAAUACCAAUAUUGCAAUAACUAGAUAAUUAUAUAUUAUGACCAGUUUUAUAUUAUAAUAGGUUGUAUCCUGUAGAUCGAAGUAGACUUGAUGAAGAUAUUGAAGAAUCUAUAUCGUCCCCAGAAGACAGAAAAACAAAAACUGAAUAAAUUGAUAUGAAUUAAUAAAUGUGUUAUUUAUGUUUAUAAUGCACAUAAUAUAAGUGAUUUUAUCAUGAUCAAGCAAUUUUUUCAGACUAUUUUAAGUGAAUUUGAUGGGUUUUUUUUUUAAUAGUUAUGGAAUUAUUAUAUAGGGUAAAUUUGUUACUAAUAUGCAAAUAAAAAAAUUGUGUUAACAUAAAACUUAAAUAAUUCCAAAAUAAUAGACAUUAAAUUCACUUAAAAUCCUUCAAAAAAUCUCUCGAUCAUAAUAAAUGAAUCACCUGGUGCCUGGUGUUCUAAAAUAUAUUUUUCGUUAUAUUCUUUGUGAUGUGAAAAAAAAACAAAAUAGGUAUUAUUUUUUGUACUUAAGUAAUUUACCAUAUAAAUAAUGUUAUUUUGUCAUUUAUACAAAUAAUACAAUUUUUAUUUUUAUUAAUUUAAUUAUUUUUGUGUAAAAGUGAUAUAAUUGUUUAUUUAAUCGUUAUAUUUUAAUGUUACUUGGUGAUUGUGUUAAAAAUAAAUAAUUUAUUAAAAAUUUAAACUAAUUAGUUAAAGUAUUUGUUUUUUUUGUUCAUUUUUUUAUAAGCAAAUUUCAGCAUUUACUUUCAGUGGGUUGUAAAAAGAUAUAUUUUGUUAUUCU